AUGUUGUUUGAUCGAAUUUGGCUUAUUUGGCCGGGCGUUGGAGACUGGAAUGGUCUAGCACAGGCGGAGAUUCCUUCACAGCCACCACACGGGGACCGAACGCCCAACGCCCAACGCCCGGAGCCCUCUGGGACGUGGGUUGGGAUCGGUGAGAAUACCACCUUCUCCUUCGGCGACCGCGACCGCGACCGCGAGGACUUCAACGUCGAAGACUCACCUCUUCAUGAUAGGACGGAGGACGCGUAA